AAUUUAAUCAAUUCAAAAAAGUUUUAUUCAUCGAAAUGGAUCCGUUCAUAGAGAAAAAGGUGGCGCAGUUCGAGGCUUACGUGAACGAAGUGCUGCAAGAAGAUUUGAAAAAGCUGGAGUUAAAGUUGAACGAAAAGAACGCAGAAACGGCUGAGUUUCUUCAAUUGAAAUCGACGAUAUCGGCGCUAAAAUCUAUGCGAUCUGAGUCCAAUAAAGGCUUUAAGACUAAACUAGACAUCGGAAACAAUUUCUACGUUCAAGCAGAGGUCGAGGACGCUUCGACGAUCCUACUCGACGUCGGUCUCGGUCAUUUUGUCGAGUUUACUUUAGACGAAGCGGUCGUCGUUAUCAACGUCAGACUCAAAUUGCUCGACAGACAAGUAAAAAACAUACGCAGAGAGAGCGCCAAAACAAAAGCGCACAUCAAAUUGAUAUUGAUGAGCAUCAUGGAACUUCAAGGCAUGAAAUAAUGCGACGAUAAAAUAU